ACUCCAAAUGCUCUCCAUUCUUAUCUACAGUCUCGGAGGUCGCCGACAUCCCGAUUCACCCAGCUCGCAAAGUAUAUAACAUCAAUCUGCAGAACAUCGCAAAGAAACCACACCCACGCGAUAAAUAAAACAGCUCCAAUAAGAGGCAGAGCGGUAUGCAGAUAAAAUGCUCUUCACUCACGCAACAAUCCUGACCCUUGACUCAACCCGGCGAAUCAUUACCGACGGUGCCAUUUACGUCCCCCGCGGUUCGAAUCGCAUUUCCUCGCUCGGCAAGACAGCGGCGCUGCUUGCGCAAUACCCCGAUGAAGAGAAAUAUGACCUCACCGGUCGGAUCGUGAUCCCUGGGCUGGUAUCCACGCACAUGCACACGGCGCAGACACUGCUUCGCGGGACGGCGGAUGACCUCGAGCUUGUCUCGUGGCUCUGUGAGCGAAUCUGGGUUCUGCAGGGGAACUUUACAAAGGACGAUGGAUAUGCGGCGGCGCGGUUGAGUAUUGCAGAGAUGUUGAAAAGCGGGACGACGUGUUUCCUGGAGAGCAUGUUCGCGGACCGCUACGGCUUUGAAGGGCUCUGUCAAGCCGUCGCAGAAUCAGGAAUCCGAGGCUGUUUGGGGAAGAUCGUCAUGGAUAAGGGCACGUACGCUGCAGAUGACGCGUGGGCGAUGCACCCAGGGCUCAUCGAGGAUCGCGAGACGUCGCUACUGGGGACUGUGAAAAUGUGGGAGAAGUGGAAUGGGAAGGCGGAUGACCGGAUACGGGUUUGGUUCGGGGCGAGGACGCCAGGGGGGGUGUCUGACGAACUGUACCGCGAAAUGACGGCUAUCUCGCGAGAGAAGAAUAUACCCAUCACGAUGCACUGCGCAGAGGUCAAAGCCGAUAGGGCAUUUUUUGGCUCUGUGGGACAUACGCCCAUGACGUACUGCUCUUCCGUCGGGCUGCUAUCUCCGUCCACAGUCCUCGUGCACAUGGUGCACCUGGACGACAGGGAUAUAUCCCUGCUGUCAGAAUCGGGAACGCACGUCGCGCACUGCCCGACUUCCAACGCCAAACUUGCCUCGGGAACCUGCCGCGUGCCAGACCUGCAAACCGCUGGAGUGAAUAUCGGUCUUGGGACAGACGGCGCCCCCUGCAACAACACCUGCGACCUACUUCAGGAGAUGAAGCUGGCUGCAAUCAUCCACAAGGGGGCAUCUUAUGACCCAACAGUUGUUUCGGCCGAGUCGGUGCUGGAAAUGGCGACAAUCAACGGAGCAAAGGCGUUAGGCCUCGACAGCGAAAUCGGGAGCUUGGAGGUUGGGAAGAAGGCUGACUUUGUGGCAAUUGACACCAGGGGGGUGAGCAUGCAGCCUUGGUUCAAUCCGGUCAGUGCGGUGGUCUACACGGCCACCGGGAGGGAUGUGGAUACUGUGGUCGUAGACGGAAGGGUAGUGGUUCGGAAUGGGGAGUUGCUGACCAUGGACGAGGGGCAGAUUGUCAAAGAAGCAGAGAGGAGGAGUCGAGAGGUUGUGGAGCGGGCUGGAUUGGGCGAGAAGGUCAGGCCCAAGUGGACGGUCGAGUGAGAUCUGGUUGGCAUAUAGCUGGGUGUACUCUGCGAGCUGUGCGUGAUCCUCUCCGGCCAAGAGGCCGAAUCUUACCCUGGCUGAGAAUUGUAUGAUCCAGGGUCCAGCAAGCGGAAGUUUGCUGCAGAAUCCGAAGUAUUGGAUCAGGGCUGGCUCAUCCAGCAGAGAUAUAUUGAUCAUGUUAUCUGACAAACCAGCGCCCUUCUACCCCGCAAACUGGAUAACAGGACCCAGAGACCAGCGAGAGGGGCAAUUGGAUGGGAGCGCCAGUCGGCCGAUAUGGAACCCUAUCCCAGAGAAUAGUCUCCUGACACUGCCCGCAGUACCCAGAGUACAUCCUGGCUGAAAAGGCCCG